AAUAUGUAGCGAACCGUCAGUGGGACGAAUCUUACUAUCCUCAGAAAAUACUCUUCAAUGAAUAAUCGCGGGAAUUUUUUUUAUUCUUGAAAUAAAAGAAAAAAGUAUCAACAGAAGAAGAAAAGAUGGGUAGAAAAUCAGCAAAAGGCAAAGAAAAGAAAAUGAAGAGAAAAGAGGAGAGCGCCAAGAUGGCAAUCAGUUUAGCAAAGGUAGAAGCUGCUAACAAGAUUGAAAAUCCACUAUCUAUGCUGGAACCAUUCAAAAAGUUUGAAAGGAAUGGUGUUUCCUUAGUGAUAGAUUUUAAAAGGAGCGGUGAUAUGGAUGAUGAAACAAAAGAAUUUGUUUUCCAGCUGUGUAAGAAGAAUAUGCAGACAUUAUAUGAGAAAUGUGGUGUACAUGGUUGGAAAGACAGAGAAAAGAGGGAAGAAAUGUCUGAAGAGAGGGCGUUAUACUUGAUUGUCAGAAACAAGGAUGGGGAACCAGUGGCCUUCGUACAUUUUAGAUUUGAUAUGGAAUAUGAUGAAGAAGUUUUAUAUUGCUAUGAAAUUCAGCUCACAGAACCUCUAAGAAGAAAAGGCCUAGGGAAGUUUCUUAUGCAGAUUCUUGAACUGUUGGCAUAUAAGACAGAGAUGACGAAAGUAAUGUUGACAGUGUUUAAAGCUAAUGAUUCUGCUGUAACAUUCUUUAUGGAGGCACUAAAGUAUGAAAUUGAUGACAUCUCACCUGAUGAUGGAAUGUAUGAGGAAGAAGCGAGAUACUGGAUCCUUAGUAAGCCAAUCAAGCGUAAAACACCAGCCCAAAACCCGGGAGCCAAUGGUCACGGAGUAGACGCUAAACUAAAUGGACACGCCCACUCUCAUAUACAUACAGGCAGUUGUUGUCAUUGAAUCAUAUAUAUAUAAGUUUACAGGUCAUUGAAAUGAAUUCUUCAUGUCUUUACCAGACAUGUUUUACUCUUAUAUAAAUUCUGUGUUCACUAAAAUUUUGAUAUGAAAGAUUAUUACAAAGCCUGUGGUGAUUUUCAUAGAUUGAUCCAUGGACUGUUGUCAUCAAAAUGAAAGGAAAAAUGAAAUUGAUGAAUUAAAUUGAGAGAAAAUUCAAUUAAGGGACAAAAAAUUGCAUGAUUGAAAAGGACUUUUACAGGAAGAACGCUAUUUUUUACAUACUUGGUUACAAGAAAUUAGUAGGCGUAUAGAAUUUGAAAUUACAUUUAUGCAUAAUUGAUUGGAAGAUUGAAAGAGAACAAAAUUCUGAAAGUGAAAUUAUUUUUGAAAAGCAGGUUAGUGAAAAUUUAAGUCAAUAGUUAAGAACAUAAAUGUGCAGAACAUUAAUGGUAUGUUGUGUACCAUUCCUAUAGAACAUGUGAACAAAAUGGCAUUUAUUUAUAAAGAAUUUUGACAUUUAUGGAAGUCUUGUAACUUUAUUUAUUUAAAUACUGAACAAUUGAAGAAAACUGAUUUUGCUCUAGGAUAAUUCAAAUGCUUUGGAAUUGAAAACAGUCAUUACUCGAUAAUUUAUAUAUUUUACUUUGUGCAUGUUCAGACUGUCAUGAAAAAGAUAAGAAUUUGUUUAUUAGUUAUUAAAAUUAUGUAUUUAUGACUUAA